AUGACUUCUCUGGUGAUCCAACAAAAUAUUAACGAUGAAUUUGAGGAAAUCAAUAGAUCUGCAACACUCUAUUUAGAACUUCCUGAAGGAUUAAAACAAACGCAAAUUCGUGCAAAUAUUUUUGGUGCAACUAAAAGUAUUAGUGGAGAGAUUGUUUUUCAGACAGGAAUGUGUGGUUAUAUUGAGGCUUUAACUGACCCCAGUUAUGCGCAGCAACUUUUGGUUCUUACCUAUCCUCUGAUUGGAAAUUAUGGCGUCCCAAAAUUUGGCAAAUCGGAUCCUAAAUGGCCUGAGCUUCUUACAGGUGGAUUUGAAUCAGAUAGGAUUUGGCCUGCUGCUCUGAUAGUCGACAGAAUUUGUGAAGAGGGCGAGUAUAGUCAUUAUGAAGCUGCCACUUCUCUUUCUCAAUGGCUUUGUGAUCAAGGUGUUACGGGUCUGUGCGGGAUUGAUACUCGGAUGCUUACAAAAAUUAUUCGCACUUACGGAACGUUGAGAGCUAAGAUUGUAGUUGAUUCAGAUCAGCAAGAUGAUAUUCAAUUUGUCAACAUUAAUGAACAAAAUUUAGUUGCAUCUGUCAGCAGAAAGGCUAGUUUUACAAAUUAUUAUGAUGGCCUCUUCAUUUCUAAUGGGCCCGGAGAUCCUGCAAAAUGUACCUCGUUAAUUAAUCGAAUUGCGUCACUUUUAUCUUCCGGAACAAAUGUACCUAUUUUCGGUAUUUGUUUGGGACAUCAAUUGUUGGCUUCUGCUGCUGGUGCAAAAACUUACAAAAUGAGAUUUGGCAAUCGAGGUCAUAAUUUACCUGCUUUACAUGCUUCUUCUGGGCGGUGUUUUAUUACUGCUCAAAAUCACGGAUUUGCUGUUGAUCGUAAUUCACUACCUAAAAAUUGGAAUGAACUAUUUAUAAAUGCAAAUGACAGGUCAAACGAGGGAAUGAUUCAUGAGAGCAAACCUUAUUUUAGUGUUCAAUUUCAUCCUGAACAUUGUGCUGGGCCAGACGAUACGGAGUGGCUUUUUGAUGUUUUUGUUGAAUCAAUGAAAAUAGUUAAAACUACAAAAGAUUCUGUUAAUUUAAAUCAGCUAAUUAAUGAGCGUCUGGCUUUUACUACUAAUUAUCGAGAGGAGGUCUCUAACCAAAAGAAAGUUUUGAUACUCGGUAGUGGUGGAUUAUCAAUAGGUCAAGCCGGUGAAUUUGAUUAUUCUGGUUCUCAAGCAAUUAAAGCUUUACGGGAGAUGGGGAUUAAAAGUAUUCUUAAUCCGAAUGUUGCUACUGUCCAAACUACGAAAGGAUUUGCAGAUCGUGCUUACUUUUUGCCUGUAACUAAAGAAUUUGUCACUGAGAUAAUUAAAAAAGAAAGACCGACAGGUCUUUUAUGCACUUUUGGUGGUCAAACCGCUCUCAAUUGCGCCAUUGAUCUAUUUCGCGAUGGAGUGUUGGAAGAAUUUAAUGUACGUGUUCUUGGAACUCCUAUAGGUUCUUUAAUUUUACUUCUUUAA